ACUGGUUUGAUGAUGCUGGAGAUCCCUGCAAAUGAGGAAGUCGUUUUCUGCAUCCGAUAGCGCUGAGGAAUCACUGCAGGCUAUAGCAAUCGCUCAUUACUGGGGAGAGAGGGGGGCAGGAUGGCUGAAGGGGGCGCUGUGCCAGUCGUGGAAUGGAGCCGGCUUGAAGCUGCUGUAAUAAAUGGAUUCAGACAACUGAGGGAUCGGUAUCUGCACAGAGUGAAGGGUCGGGGGGCGCUGGAAGAUGAAAGUGAUGGUCUAGAGCAAGUGGAUGGUGGUAGUCUCCUGGACACAUUACCGGUUGAUAUGCAGUUAUAUAUCCUGACAUUUCUCUCACCACAAGACUUAUGCAGGCUUGGAAUGACAAACCAGUACUGGCAUUCAAUGGUGCAAGACCGUCUACUGUGGAAGUACUUUCUGCUGCGAGACCAUCCAUCAUGGUCCUCCAUUGAUUACCUCAGCCUGCCAGACUUAGACGUCCUCAACUCUUGUUUAUGUGAAUCACCGGAUGGGAAGGAGUGUAAUUAUAUGUCCAUCUACUUAAGGAGCUGCCCAAAAACCAGAAGGUCUAUGCGGAGCAGGAAUCCCAUUUAUGGAGCCGUGACCUCAUUUCUGCAGUCUCUUGUCAUGCAGGGAGAGCCCCGCUUUGCUAUGUUUGGUCCUGGUCUUGAACAGCUGGAUGAUUCUUUGGUCACGCGGAUGAUGACCUCUCCAGAGCUUAUACCAGUUGUCAGCAUACUUCAGAGGCAAAUUAAUGGUGUUGGCUCUGGCGUCACAUUUCAGCUUAAUGGUGAACACAAAUUUAAUAUUUUAACCCUUUAUUCUACAACACGUUCAGAACGAGAUCGAGCGCGCGUAGAACAGAGUGCGGCCGUCAACAAGAUGUUCGUCUCUGAGGGUUUGGUACAUGGAGACCAGAGGGCUGCAUACAGCCUCAUCCCUCAAGUAAAGGAAGUGUGCAAAGUUGUGGAUGGUUUCAUCUAUGUGGCCAAUGCUGAAUCACAUCAAAAGAAUAAUCGUGAAGAGGAGGUAGCCCAGAUCCAGGUGAUGAUGGAUCCUCUACUUGGGGCGCAGAGGAGACCUUUGUUGGUGUUAUCUUGUGUGACAAACCCUGGAAACAAGAGGAUCCCUUGUGUCUACUUGGCUCAUGAGCUGUGUCUAAACAGGUUAAAUCGACCAUGGAUGGUGCAGAACACAGAAGCCUCCACGCUGUUGGGGUUAUUAGAUGGCAUUGCCUGGAUUUUAGCUGAAGUUGGGAGAAAGAUAUGAACGCUGCCAAAUUUUUCACCUGCAAUUGUUCUUAAAAUGUGAAAUGAGAUUUUUAUACAUGUACUGUAUAUUGGGCAGAUUUAUGAAAACUGGUGCUAAGGAAAACCGAGCUAAUUGCCCAUAACAACCAAUCAGAUUCCACCUUUUAUUUUGGAAAAUGAAAGGAUCAAUCCGAUUGGUUGCUAUGGGCAACUAAACCAGUUUCCCUUUGCACCUGUUUUAAUAAAUCUCCCCAACGGUCUGAAGCGAGGAUUACACAACACAUUUCAGUCACCGUGAUCCACCUUAAAGGGGUUAUCCAAUUUCUCAAAACUCCCCCAUGUGCCGGACCCCUCACCGGUAAUAUACUUACGCCGCUCCUGGUCCCCGCACCGUCGCUGCUGCUUCUCCCUGCACACGGAUGAAAACAUCUGAUGUCGGGGGGGGGAGGGCCUCCCUAACAUCGCAGGUGACACUAGGUAGGCUCGUCCCC